GGAGAGAGCCAGCACAACAGGCAGCUGAGCUCUCUGCAGCAGGGGAUUCUCCACGCUGGCUGACAGACGGCCAGAAAAUCGCCAGAGAAUGGGAGCUGCCCCGGUCAGUCGGUCGCGUCUUAAGACACGGAGACUCCUUCGUUUCUGGCCGUUCUUUUAGUGCCGAUCAGCAUGGACAGAGGACUAAAUUAGCCCCGGGGCGGAUAGCCACAAAAGUUUCCCCCCAGACAGGAUUACACAGUGAGGAGGAUGACUGCUUGCAGCCGGAUAGCCAAGACACCUUAGGAAAGAUGAACCCGGAAUCCCUGGACUCCUCCAUCCAGGGCGUCCUCGCUGCCCUGUACCCGCCCUUCGAGGCCACAGCGCCCACCGUCCUCAGCCAGCUCUUCCGGGUCAUCGAGGAGCGCUACCGGGGCGACGCACUGCAGUGCCUGCUGGACUUCCUCAUCCCCGCCAAGCACAUCCUAGAGAGCGUGCAGCAGGCCGCGUGUGCACCGUACUCUGACGUGGUGUUCAGGUAUGAGGGCUGGCCACUGUGUUUGCGUGAGCGGGUGGUGAUUCAGCUGGCCUCUCUCAACCCCCUGCUGCUGCGCCCGGGGGACUUCUACCUGCAGGUGGCGCCCUUCGCAGACCAGGCCGCCCGCAUCGUCCUCAAGAGCCUGCUGGAGGAGCACAGGCAGGUGGAGGAGACGCCCAUCCCCGAGACGUCCUACCCGAGCAUCUUCACCGAGGACUGGCUCCGGGACGUCAACGAGGGCCGGCAUGGGACGCCGCUGCGCCGCUGCCUGCUGUCCACGGAUCAGGGAAUCGUGAAAGUGCCGUGGGCGCAGGUUGCUAACCCUGAGUUUGUGGACAGGCCCAAAUCCAUGGCCGCCACGCCUCCCGUUUCUCCGCAGGGCCCCACCGGGCCCGCCUGCCCACAGUCCCCCUCCUCCUUCUCCCUGGAGACGCGGAUCCUCCCGGCCAAGGAUGGCAUCUCCGUCUCGCUGCGGCUAGUGGACAGCUGCUCCCGGCUCAUCAAGGUGGACCGGGCCAGGCCAGCUGGCAGACCCGUUGGCUGGGUGUCCCCCAACACCUGGGACAGCCGCCACAACCGCGAGAUGGAGGGCGACUACGUCGAUCUGGUGGAGUUCAGCAAGGAGAAGGAGGCCCUGGCCCUUGGCAGGAUGCCAGCACAAGGGAAGCCCCUCCCCGCCAUCAGGCCGGUCCGGCCAGCCCCCCCGGCCCCGCCCAGGGCCCCCACCCCCUGUGGCCGCACAGUCAAGUUUUCAGAGGAGCCGUGCACCCCCUGCAUGAGGCGGAGGAUGGGCCAGGACCCCAGAUCACAGGAGCUGAGGUGCAGGUACAGAGAGUCUUACAUGGCCGCUCUACAGAACCCAGUCAACUUCGAAAGAAGCAGCAUGCUGGCUGUACUGGAGGAGGCUGAACAUGGAGGUGGGCUUUUGGGUGAGGGAGGAGCCCCCAUUCAGCCACUGAAUUGCUGCCAACCUGGAAACCACUGCCACGCCCUCGCUGCAGGUCAUGGUAACAUUGGGGACAACAGGGUCAUCAACGGUCAGCCCCGUCUUACUGCACAAGACUUGAAAGACGAGAUUAAAAGGGCGGGAAGGGCCCUCUCCCCAUCCCCUUCGUCUGUGUCAGAGACAGCAAGAAAGUUCCCUGUGGUACAGAGACUGAGCAGUCGGAGCAACAGUGACAUUUGUCCGGAAAUGAUUCCCACCGUGCACGUGGUGCAUGGCAAGAAGACCACAGCCUUUGGACUGGUGUCCCCAAAGACAGACAGACGGAGAGGCAGCAAGCAAGAUCUUAUCCAGGCAGGCCCGGCUGAAACGCACACUCCCUCGCCCCACGUUAAUGGACAGCAGAAGAAGCUCCAAGCGCUCCCGGCGGAGGUCCCCUCCCCCUUCCCCUCGGGCCCCCCGUCCUCCUCAUCACGGGAAUCCGGCAGCUAUCUCCUCCACCUGGGGAUCGCAUGUCUUCCAGGCAGCAGAGACCGGACAGGCCGGCCCGUGGUGGAGGUGUACGGGGAUCACAAGGGCUGGAAAUCCCCUCUGGUGUCCAGCCAGGAGCUGUGCAAGCUGCUGGUCUACUUCCACUCCAUUCCCAGGAAAGAGGUUAGAGAUCUCGGGAUGACACUGGUGACGGAUGCAAGGAAGACACCCCCUCCCCCAGCUUUCUAUAAGGCCUUACUGCUGGCCCAGGAACAGGCCCUCCAUGCAGUCCACUGUGUCCUGAUUCUGGUGGACAAAGAGACCAGCCCCCGUCCAGAGAGACACCCAGGACUGCAGAUGGAUGUGGUGACCUCACUGAAGGCACUCCACAAGACUGUGGACGGACACCAACUGACUGCGGGCCUGGAAGGGAGCUUUCCAUACAGCCACAGUGAUUGGCUGCAGUUUUAUCAGAAACUGGAACCCUUUGUAUCAAACCUGCGAGAGGCUUCGGCUUUGCUCCAGAAGGCCAUCAGGAAAUUUGAGGGUGUCAAUAAAAUUGACACUGUGCAGGAUGUGCAGAAAUGCAUUCAUGAGCAGAAGACGAUGAUGAAAGCAGUGCUGGAAGACGCUCAGUUGGUCGCCUUGCAGAGGGAAGGUGGAGCCAUCCUGGCCAGACUGCGGAAGGAGGAGUUUCGGUUUUCUCAGUCGGAAGAUUACCGGGACGCGAUGGACACAGUCAGCAGCCUGUACAACCAGGUGGAGGAGCGUGUCCACACAGUGGUGAUGAGGUCCAACCAGUCUCUGCAGCACCUCGACUUUCUGCUCCAGCUGAGGGAGCUGGAAGGCAGAUUCAUGCAGAUCAGGGAGUGGUUCAAUGCAGAGGGAGAGCAGAGGCUACUGGAGGCAGAAUCUGUUGAGGAUUCCCUGGAAAGAGUGGAACAGACUCUUCAGAGCUUCAACCUCUUCCUCUCUCAGGCCAGCGAGCGGAAGCAGCAGGCCAUGGCCUUGGUGACGGAGGCCGAGAAGAUCCAGGGGUCCUCCUACCCGGAGACCGAGGUGUUCCGCACAAUGGUGUGCACUUUCGAGUCUAGCCUGGCCAACUUCCUGUCGCGGGCGGAGCAGUGCCGCACAGAGCUGGAGACCAUGGCGGGCCUGUGCUGCUUCUGUGAAAAGGCUAGUGAACUUGCCAAAGACUGUAAACAGUACCUGGAGAGGUCGCAGGCUGGCUGCCUCCCACCUGAGGGCGAUGAGAGCACACUUCAGAGGUUCCGGGAGAGAUUCAGUGAGUUUUCCCCUGAACGCUUCCAGGAGGUGAAGAUCCGCGCCUGCUCCCUGAAAGGCUCCCGGGGCAUGCGGGCGUGGAACGUGGCCUGGCUCAAGUGCCAGGAAGCGAGGCAGCAGCUGGAGGAGUGGAUGAGCAGCACCGACGAGGCCCAGCGGACUGAUGCGGGUGCAGCCGUGCCAGAUGGCCGGAUGACAGAGGAGGCUGCCUCAUCAGCGCCCUCCGCUGGAGCUCCGUCGCAGUGCGACUCAGAGAGGACUUUGACAGGUCCUGAGCAGGACAUGGACUGUGGUGCGAUUGAGAGUGAUUACGGCACCGUGACCUGCUUUAACCUCAACUUUAAACCCGACAGCAAAAGCUGCAAAGGGAUGAAGGUGGUGCCACCUCCUGGGAGCGAACCCCGGAGCCCCGCGAAAAAGGGGGAGAGGAGGCCCCCCGCAGAGUCGAAGGAUACGCCCGUCCCGGAGCGGAUCGGGGAGGCGGGGCCUGGGCGUGUGGAUGCCGCUGGGCGUGAGCGGUUCCCGUGGCAGCAGGCAUUUGGGAGGUCCCUGAGCGAGGGCUGCGGGGCCGACUCGGUCCGCUCCGAGCCACAGGCCCCGCCCUCCCUGCGAGCCUGCGGCCAGCCGUCCCGCCGGAUCCUGCAGGCGGCCCAGCAGUUCCAGAUCUCACGGCACGGGAGCUUCUGUAGCGAGGACCUCUGUUGUGCGGCGGCGGGCGACAGCCAGGACUCCAGACCCUCCGGCUCCGCCUUCAACCCCGGCGUUCAGAGGUGCCAGGGAACGGCGUCCCUGCCCAACGUGGAGGAAAGUGCCAGCAAUGUUUUGAAGCUGCAGAGGAUCAUGGAGGAGCUACUGCUGACGGAGCGGGAGUACACGCGCUCGCUGGGCUACAUCAUGACGCACUACUACCCUCUGCUGGAGAGGCCGGACGUGCCCCAGGACCUGAGGGGCCAGCGCGGGCGCAUCUUCGGCAACCUUGAGAAGCUGCACGACUUCCACCGGCUCUUCUUCCUCAAGGAGCUGGAGAGCUGCCUGAGGGAGCCACUCAGAGUGGGCCGCUGUUUCCUGAGACACAAAGAAAGCUUCAGCCUCUAUGCGCUGUACAGCAAGAACAAACCACAGUCUGACUCCCUGCUCAUUCACCACGGUCAUGACUUCUUCCAGCAGAAACAGCGGGAGCUAAUGGACAAGAUGGACCUGUCGUCCUACCUGCUGAAGCCAGUGCAAAGGAUCAGCAAGUACAGCCUCCUGCUGCAGGACAUGCUGAAGGAGUGCGGCUCACAGCGGCACCGCGAGCGCGCCGAGAUCCAGGCCGCCCUGGAGGUCGUCCAGUUCCAGCUCCGCCACGGCAACGACCUCCUCACCAUGGACGACAUCCGCGACUGUGACGUGAACCUGAAGGAGCAGGGACAGUUGAUCCGUCAGGACGAGUUCAUGGUGUCGUUCAAGAAGAAGAAGUGCUUCCGCCAUGUCUUCCUCUUUCAGGACCUCAUCCUCUUCAGCAAGACCAAGAAAACAGAAGUGGGGAAUGAUGUGUACAUCUACAAGCAGUCUUUCAAGACCUCAGACAUCGGGAUGACGCACAACUCUGGAGACAGUGGGCUGGGCUUCGAGAUCUGGUUCCGGAGGAGGAAGUCGCAGGACACCUACAUCCUGCAGGCGGAGAGGGCGGAAGUGAAGGAGGCUUGGACCAGGGACCUGGAGCGAAUCCUGUGGGAUCAGGCAAUGCGCAGCAGAGAGAUCCGAAUGCAGGAGAGGGUGUCCAUGGGAAUUGGCAGCAAACCAUUCAUGGAUAUCCAGCCCAGUGAUGCAGCUAUCUGUGACAGGGCCAUCAACUGCGUCUUGCCUGGGAGAGAAUCCAAGGCGUUACCCACCUCCGUAGUCUCCGGUACACAAGAUCACAUGUUAUCUCGGCCCAACUCCAUUGGCUCGGGCAGCAGUGCGUCAACCUCUGGCAGCCACUCAUCCUCCUCCUCCGGUCGAGGGUCCCUCCCUCCUGUGAGUUACCUCUGCAGCCAGUCCCAGGAAGGAGACACGCCCCAUGAGGACUUCUCCAGGCCAGGAACCCUUGGGGACGAUGACCUGGAUCAUGAGAGCGAGAAGCUUCACCUUUUGAUGGACAGUUCCGAGUCGUCCGGGGAAAGCGUGAGCGGAUUCAGCGGCUCUGAUCGCAGCUGCCUGUCUGUGAUUGGUGGAGAGGCAGAGGAGUCCGGCUCCAUCACCUCCUCCCUGCGAUCCAAGGCUGGCCACGCCCACCAGACACAGCCAGAGUACCAGAAACCCACCACGUCUGUGGCAUCAAGGAACAGACCCUCCAUUGCACCCAAACCCCUGGCUCAGUCCAACUCUCAGGGCCCUGCAAAGGUUCAAGAGAUGGUUGCCAGUGGGAAAUCUACUGAGGUUUGACCUGUUGCUGUGGGUGAAUUGAAGCCAUGGGUGAGAUUGUAGGACUCAUCAAAAAGAGCUGGGCCUUAGAGGAAUAAAGGAAUUGGAAUGAGCUUGAAUAAGCAGCUUUGGCACAUCAUUUCCAGCAGAACUCCACAAAAUUCUGCUGUAUAAAGGGAACAUUUCAUUUUUUUCGACAAGCACUGACUCACCAAAUCCUCUGGAUCGGGUACCUUUCGCCUCUCUGCAUUCAUGACCUGGGAGUCUGAGUUUGUGCUGAAGAAGCUGAAUGGAUGGUGGAAUAUGAAAAGGGAUGCGGGCCACACACUAUUACUGGAACUUGGUCUAUAUUCUGAGAUGUUUGUUCCCAUCCAGAUAUGAAUUCACUGUUGAAUUUACUUGUUUUUUUUACCAUUGUUGCAAAAGCAUGUAAAGUUUCUGAAAUUUCUGCCUUUUCCAACAUGACUUGGAACAACAUUAUCAGGAGGUCUUAUGUUACUAUAUAGCACCUUAGACCUGCAGUUUAUCAUUAUUAGCACAAUGCCCAGUCAAUAUGGGGAACAUUGCAUUCACAUUGGUAGUAAAUGAUGUAUUAAUAUAUUACUAAUUUUGGUGCACUAAAAUGUUGCAUUGUGUACAGUGCUCAUUGGCAACAGAUGGCAGCAUAACCUUCACAGUAUUAUUUUGAAAUAUUGUUAUGACUUUAAUAAUGGUGGUAAUGUCACAUUACUGUGAUGCCAAAACAAAACCUACUUAUAAAUAGACUCACUCAGAAUAGUUCAGUACAGCGAAUAGUGUGGUAUUUUUUUGUUUCAAAUCAAUUUAAUGGUGUUCCCUGUUAUGACAGUGCUGGGCUUUGGUAGGAUACAAGUGAAAUAUAACCACUUUGUGCAUUUUAGAGGAAAAUGCAUGGUUUAUAUAUCAGGGAAACUGAUCACUGUACCUUAUAUUAUUUUUAUAAUAUCUGUGUUGUUCAAUUAGCCCUGUAAACAUAUUUGGGUAAAAUACAGUUGUGCCAGACAUCCCCUUUAGUCAUACUAUGUUAUUGAGAAAAAUGUACAUAUUUGUGGCAAUUUCUCUAUGCAGAAUGUGGCCUUUAUUGUUUGAAAGGGUGAAAGGAGUGAAAGGGUGAAAGGGUGGAGAGAUACCUGUUGAUGAAAGUGAUUGGAGGAUAACAUACUGGAGAUUCUUCAGGGUCACUUGAUGACUUAUGAAAGAUGUUGUAUGUAUGGACUAAAGUCAGCGUGCCUUAGUACUGAAAGACUUGGCAAUCCUCCAGUCACAGUAUAAUUCGUGCCAGUGAGGGACCUGCAAAACCAUGUGGCAGGAAUAUAUAUAUUUUUUUACAUAUUGUAGCUCAUUCAAUGAGCAUAGCAAUUGUGUGAG